AUGCAGCAUGGUAACAGAAAUAGCCCUUUCAAUCCACCCACCCAUCAGCAAUAUUCUGCACUGAGAGUCAUGUCUGCUCCUCAAGGGUUUCCUCAACCAGUUGGCCCACCACAAACACCAUAUCAGCCGUAUCCUCAAACUCAGCAGUACGGUCCUCCAAACCCUCAAACUCAAUAUCAGUUUGCUCAAGGUCCUUCUCAACAUGGAUUUUACCCGCCUGGGCCUCAGUCGCAGCCAUCGUAUAGUACACCUCCGCCUGUUGCUGUCACAUACGCAAACCAGCCUUACUCCUACCCUCCUAAUCAGCCCCAAAAUACUUUUGGUCCCCAACAGUUCGGUUACGCUCCCCCUUCUCAAUACAUAGACCCUCAACCAAAUAGUGCUCAACAAUAUGGCCCUCCUCAGCCACAGCAAUAUGGUCCACCGCUAGGUCCUACGCCUUAUCAACCACAGCCUGUAACAUACCAAGAACCUCAAUCAAACGGAUAUUUCAACGGUAAUUUUCCUACAGCACCUCCCAACUUCCAAGGUUCUGUAAAUCAACAAUGGAGUAGCGCGCCUCCAUCAACUUGGAUUGCCCCUCCCUACCAACCUCAACAGCCAAAUUACUCUGGUUCAAACCAUCCUUCAGGAGCUCCUGUGUUUCCCCACCAGCAACAACAUCCGAGACAUUCUUCGCAGCAAAUUAACCAGAGAUUGAGUAACGAAAAUAACCAACUGCAAUUUCCCAAAGACACGCAACCAAUGAAUUCUACCUCAACAGCUGAAUCCAAGGCAUCAAGUACUGUAAGCACCCCACAAGGAGAGCGUGAUACGGCUGCAACCAGUGCGGGAAAGGAGGCAAACUCCCGGCCAGGUCCAGCAAAGGCUGCUGAAGAAUCUAAAGAGAGUGAGGUCAUUGAGACACAGCUGUUUGAGUGGGAACUGGAAAAGAUUUUCAAGUUGCCCGCCACGCAUGACAUUGUAGCACUUGCUCAACCACUUUCUCACGAUUUUGAUUUGUCGCCAGUUCCUCAACUCAAUCCUCUAGGAACUUGCGUAUCAAGAUAUGCUAGUAAAGAUAACGUCAAGCAAUUUACAAGCAGUAUUAGAGAUGCCUUAGACUGGCCAUUUCGCAAAGAGGAUCCGGCUUUUGCAGAAUUAGACUUCGACUCUCCAUUGAUCCCCUUGCGUGAGAUCCCGGCUUGGAUGGAAGCUCGAGAUUCAAAUCAAUCUGGCGCCGAGGAUACUUUGAUGCAUGAUACUGCGGACGCCAGUCGUAAACGUCCUCGUUUCUCACCAGCAGAUGGCGACCAAGAUAACCAGAUUGAUAGUGAUGUCCAAGAUGACCUCGACAACACAUCAGAGAAGGAAGAUGGUCAAAACCCCAAGAAGCGGCAAAAGACUGAGACUAUAGGGGAACAUGUGGAUGAAAAAGCAGGGACGCCGGAGAUGACCACGAAGUUUUAUGAAAACAGAGUUGGCACGCCAUGUCUUGUAACAGAUGAUGAUGCUUGGGCUCCACAACCAGGAGAAGGUGCGGAACCUGUUGAUCCCACAGAGGCUUUACUUGCAUCUCUAGGAGUUACAGGUUCUCCCAAACCAGUUGACGACAGUCCUCUUCCACCUUACCAACCUUUGCCAGAACAAUUGAGUCCUCCCAUUAGUUCAUCACCAUCAAAGAAGGAACCUCAAACUCCGAUAUCUGCCACCCCGACGAACUCCCAGGGAAAGGUCGCACAUACGAGGCGUAGAGAGGGUAACCUGCAAGGCUCACACCAGAAGUUCAAGCCUACUCCGCCUAGGCUGAACACCGAAAACCGACCCCCACAAUUCGCACCUCCUGGUAACGCGCCAUCUCUCAAUGGUCUACCAAUGCAACCUCAAAUCAGUUCCCUCGCCCAAGCUCCCUAUCAAAAUGGGCCCUCUAUCAAUAGUCAAUACGGCCAUCCUCAAAUCGGUACUUCUAGCAAUGUAAACUAUGGAAGUAACGCCAUGCAUGGCAAUGAACAAUAUGGCAAUCCAUGCCGGACGAACAAUAAUAGUUUGUCUGGCCCUCCACAUAACGGCAAUUCUGCGUAUGGCAACAACAUGCCUGGCCCUCAACCAAAUGGCAAUCCUAUGUAUGCUCAAGGUACGUCGGGUGUUGGUUGCCCACAACCAGACAACAAUCACAAUGGGCUCCCGAAAUCCCUUCCAUACUUCAACGUCAGCGCUCAAAAUGCCCCAUACGGCCCAGGUCCAGAUCCUCAAAAUCAACAACCCCAAUUUGCGUCUGGCCUAAGCCAGAGUAACAAUUCCGUUGGACAGCAGCAGCCUCAGUACAACAGUGGUCCCCCAAAUCAACUUGCCAACGGGCCUCAGGGAAAUCACAAUUACAGUAACCAAAACAACCAUCAACAAUAUGGUUCAUACACGCAGAACAAUACCCCGGUCCGACAAGACUCGGGUUAUGGAAGUGCUGGUGGUUUUGGUAGCAAUGAUUCAGCUCAAAACAAUUUUCCUGUUCAGCAAAAUCCUCAAGCCCAAUCUCAACAAACGAAAAUGUACCCUCCACAUCAAUCCUCCGAUGGGCUGCCUCGAAAUGGCAACGGCAUGAAUGGUAACCAAUCUACAAAAGGAAGCAUGCAAAGUGAGAUUCAAUCUGCCACUAGCAAAGAAAAUCCAAUUAAACAGGGAAACUCUCCUACUGUCAACAUCUUUUCGGCUGAUAGCAAUUUGAGCGAUAGAGAAGACUCACCGUUGAGCGAUAAUUCGAAGGAGAUACUCGGGUUGUUGGAGACUAAAAAGAAGAAAGGCCCCAAGCGUCCCGCACCAAUUGUCGAAGCUGCUUAUUCUCGGCGUUGGUAA